AUGAUUAGAGCCUCAUAUCUCAGUAAUAAGACUUCUAUGGAUUUAAGUGGAGAUAAGAUGUCAGCGCUUCUUCAUAUUACUCUCGAUGUCUUUGGACGCCUUCUGGAACUGUCGACCAUUAAGUUCAUCAGUAAAUUCGCUGAAGAAAUUCUGUAUUAUUUAAAAAUAGUGUUCACUAUUGAGCCGAGUCUUGCCGUCAAGAAUGUUCGACAGCUUUUGAAAUGUAUAUUUGGCACUAAUUUUGUAAUAAUGUUCACAAAUAAUCAUAAAAGUGAUGAAAAUGAAGUGCCAGAAGAAGAGCCCGUCGCUAAUGAGAGCUCAACCCCACAAAGGAAUCCAUUCACAAACGGAAUUCCUAAUUAUUCCGAAACCGAUGGUCUCUACAACACAUGUCUGUCCUCUCCGUACGCAAAGUUUACACAAUUUUAUGCGUCAAUGUCUUCGAGAAAUAGUUCCAGCUUUGGAUCCAACGAUGAAAUCGAUCCCACAUUUUGCGGUUGGCUUCGGAAGAAAAUAGAGAAAAGGGUUUCGUUUAUAUUGGAUAAAAACAUAUCGUCCGGUCAGUCGAGCUCUGGCUUGAACUCCAAAGCCUCGCUCACAUCACACAUACGGCUCUUCGAGCCCGUUGUCAUCAAAGCGUUAAAGCAAUACACGAUUACAAGUGAUAUUCAACUUCAGUGCGAAGUUCUCGACCUAUUGUCACAAUUGGUUCAAUUGAGAGUCAAUUACUGUCUCCUCGAUUCCGAACAGAUAUUUAUUGGUUUUGUGUUAAAGCAGUUUGAGUUCAUAGAGAGCGGACAUUUCGAUCGAUACGACCGACUAAUUGGUCACAUAUUUUUCUUUUUGAUCCUAUUAUCGUACGAAAGAUAUCACUCGAAGCCUAUUAUAGGUAUUCCCAAAAUCAUACAAUUAUGCGAUGGAAUGCUCGCCAGCGGACAAUACCCGCAGAAGUUUGCGUUGCCUUCACUGCAACCCAUUGUCGAAGAUCUGAUUCUUCUGCGAAACGCCAGUAAAGUUGAUUCAAGCAAAGAAUUGGAGGCACAGCGGGAAGUGGUUGUCGCCAAUUAUCUGAUUCUUCUGCGAAACGCCAGUAAAGUUGAUUCGAGCAAAGAAUUGGAGGCACAGCGGGAAGUGGUUGUCGCCAAUUGUCUCAAAUUAGUGCAAUUCCCAGAAAUACUACAAAUUCUAGUGAUUGUCACAAAACAAAGCAAGAAAGACGGCGAAGAAAAGUGGAAAAAGAUUUCGCGACAAAUCACUGAUAUUUUGUUACCACAACUCGUCAGACAAUCGAUUCAAAUUGAUUCGUACGAAGCGUUGGAACAGUUACACCAACUCUUUGAGUGCGUGUCGCCCAGUGUUUUCAGACCCGUGGAUAUACUGUUGAAAGCGCUGUUCGCCGCACCGCAACCCGACAUCAUUGAUAAUUAUUAUUAUUUCCAUCGAUGGACUUCUUUGAUAUUAGUUAUUCUCCGUAUAGUCAUAGUUCAGGUCAAGGAGGAAGUGGUGUUGGCCCGACUCCAAGAUAUGAGGAGCUCUAUAGUGACAGUCGGACCCUUUGGUCUACCAAAACGAUUCCAUGACUUUAGAGUCGGAGGACAUGUUUGCCGAAUAUCUGCUGCAAAUAAUCGAGUUAUGCAGUCAUUUGCGUUGCCUUCACUGCAACCCAUUGUCGAAGAUCUGAUUCUUCUGCGAAACGCCAGUAAAGUUGAUUCAAGCAAAGAAUUGGAGGCACAGCGGGAAGUGGUUGUCGCCAAUUGUCUCAAAUUAGUCCAAUUCCCAGAAAUACUACAAAUUCUAGUGAUUGUCACAAAACAAAGCAAGAAAGACGGCGAAGAAAAGUGGAAAAAGAUUUCGCGACAAAUCACUGAUAUUUUGUUACCACAACUCGUGAGACAAUCAAUUCAAAUUGAUUCGUACGAAGCGCUGGAACAGUUACACCAACUCUUUGAGUGCGUGUCGCCCAGUGUUUUCAGACCCGUGGAUAUACUGUUGAAAGCGCUGUUCGCCGCACCGCAACCCGACAUCAUUGAUAAUUAUUAUUACUUCCAUCGAUGGACUUCUUUGAUAUUAGUUAUUCUCCGUAUAGUCAUAGUUCAGGUCAAAGAGGAAGUGGUGUUGGCCCGACUCCAAGAUAUGAGGAGCUCUAUAGUGACAGUCGGACCCUUUGGUCUACCAGUGAUUCCUACCUCUGCUUUCACGUCGACAAAUGCCAUACCAUUUCAUAUGUCUUCGAUUUCCAAUAGAAACGAUUCCAUGACUUUAGAGUCGGAGGACAUGUUUGCCGAAUAUCUGCUGCAAAUAAUCGAGUUAUGCAGUCAUGAGAUCUCGAUUCGCAUCAACACAAUCUACGAAGACAUUAGAGCUCAUUGCGAUUUCUUGAUCCAACAGUUGGCUAAUUAUAUGUUGAUAUUAACCCAUAUGUUUCAAUCGGGUUCCUUUAGACGCGUGGCUAAAGCGGCCAUGAAUUUGAUUAAAAAGUAUGAGUUCGACGAAUGCAGCGAAAGAAACAGCUAUUUGAGUGGAUUCUCACUCCAAAAGACUAACACAUCUUUCUUGAGCAUAAUGUCUAACUGUCCGACACUCGCUCUCCAAUGGUUUAACCUUUUAAUGCUUCUCAACUACGAAGACAACAACGAAGACGGUCUCUGGAAUCAACUCAUUCGUCCCAAUCAUAACGGCUUAAGCUCUUCCAACUCUAAGCUCCAGACAAACGGCAAACGAAGGGGAAGUGUUAACAACAAGAAUAAAAACGUGUUCGUCUUUUCACCGACCGUUGAGAUCAUACGAAGAGGUUCUUUGAUAUUGUUCUGUGACUUUGUGUGCGAGAAUAUGAACGAUGCCGAACACAUGACAUGGCUUAUCGUCCAGAAUAUCAACCAAAUCAUCAAAUUGUGUCACGAAUUACCAGUGAGUGAAUUCAUUUGUGCCAUUCAUCGCAACUCCGCGUCCAGCGGUCUAUUCAUUCAAGCGAUUAACGCCAGAUGUGACGACAAUCUAAGGAUCGGUAGCUUUUGUCGGCGUUUAUUGCACUGUUUAGGUCGCGUACAUCCGACACAAUCCGUUUCACUCAUUACUUUCCUAAUCGAGAAGAUUAUAGCGAAUCCAAGUCUUCAAUCGAAUUACUUAUUCAUGAGUGAAGCGGAAAAUCUUGUGAUCAAACGCUUGAAUUCGAUGACCUCUUCGCUCGAAUCGUAUUCCAAUCAAAGCGCUAAUCAAUUAACGGCUCAGGAUUUGGAUAAACUGUUGCUCUCUUUGAAUCCAUACAGAUAUUCAAAGUUGAUAUCAUGUUUGGAGUCAUUUAAAACCAAAUCAAACGAUGAAAAAUCCAUACAAACUUCUCAUCCGUUAAGCGAUAGCUCAGUGAUGGAUGAAAUUCCCGAAUUAAACAAAGAUUGGUUUUUGACUGUUUUGAACAAAUACUGUCAAAAGCAUAGCAAGAGUCACAGAGCGGCACAUCUUCUCAAUAAGCUUUCAUACGAAGACAUUGUUUCCAUACUAUCAUCGAAAGAGUUUGCGUUGGAAUUAUUGGGCGAUUGUAUAGCGUUUGGCGAUCAGAUCAUUGAAGAGGACGACAAGUCAAACACAAAAAUAAUGUUUUCGGCGGUAAUGAAUCGCAUCAAUCUGUUGAAGGCUUCACUCAAUGCAGUCCUACAACACGUCAGUUACUUUGUUAGUAUACUACCGGCGCCUCACUUUGCAUUCCUCACCCAUUCCGAGAUGAGUACUCCGAAAGAGGCCCGACAUCGGGACAAACUCAUUGAGCUCUUCAGUCAGUCUAAUAUCUGGAACUAUUUAUUUAAACUUUCCAAUGGAUUCUUGGCUUUUCUGGACCAUCACUCGGAGCGCAGUAUUGCUACUGAUUUGUUGGCAAAUAUAGUCAGAGUCACUGUUCUCUAUGCGGAAGCGCUUCAAUAUAUGACUGAAGCCAUUGAAAACGUCUCAUUCACUCAUAUAAUCAUUGUGUUAAGGAUUAUGAAAUCUGCGUUAAAUUGCAAUUCAAUUUUCUCAAAUCUCUCCACACAAGAGCUCAUUAGCUAUCAGUGCUCUAUCAUAUCCGCCGUUCAUUCUUUCACACAACUCUUUUUUGGUGAACUGCCGAAAGUGGAAGAACCGCAAAGUUUUGGCACAUCUGAGAAAGAGAACCCCGAGUGGAAGCAUCCGCACAGAGCGUGCAUACGAUUAGCCCAAUUGGUCUGCUUUCUCGAGAAUGACAAACACGACUUCAGACGCGUUCCUCCAGUAAUGCGAAAUCUCCUGAAGAAAGUGAUUCUCUUGACGGCACGCCUACCGCUUGUGAACAGCUUCGUAAUGGUUCCCAUCUCUGUCUGGAAUAUUAAGACCGAAAGCGUUUGGAAUCCGGUUUUUUCGGGAGAUUUCGGAACAAUUGUGCCGACAAUUCCAUCAGAAUUUCUUCAUUAUAAGGAUAUUUUAAAUCAAUUCUGUUAUCGAGUGAUGAGUUUGGGUUGGAUUUGUAGGGUUCAGUUCGAAGAGAUUUGGAUGACAUUACUGGGCGUUUUGGGCGCUAACAGUGCUUAUGUCGAGUCAACUGAAGACCAAUCGGAUCGCAUCAACAUAUGUAUAAUCACCACAAAAGCCAUCACAGAAUUGUUAUUAUUAUCCACUCUUUCGCCACAACCGGGAAAUCCCAUUAAGAGUCGCUUUAUUUACCAGAAGAAUGAGAAAAUGGCUACUUUUCUCCACUCCAUUCAUGGCGUGAAAUUACAAUUAGUUCGCGAACCACUCAUUUCUGCCAUCUCUUCCAUGGCAUCAACUAAUGACGAAUCACUCCAUAAUAUCUACGAAAUCGGACAGAUUUCCAUCCAAUUGAUGAGACAUUCAAUCAAGAGUUUAAAUCCAAACGAAUUAUCGCCUUCUUUAUCGUCCACCUCUUCCUCCUCAGACUACAGUCCUUUAAGUCCAGUAAACGGUUCCAAUAUUGGCAAAAACAUGACAUCCAAUCACGACAAACUUGACAUUGAUUUAAAUUCUUGUUUGCAUUUUCUUCUGGACCUUUUCGUACUUUUAUCGGAUUUAUUUACUGAAAGGAUUCAAUAUGAGUGGCUUUUGGACACAUUCUUAGAACUCCAUCGAAUGGCACAGAUAUCUGAAGACGAGAUUAUGUCUCAAUAUCUGAUUGUAGGUAUUUGUAAGUCUAGCGCAGUAUUAGGUCUGGAAAACGAGCAAAUUGUAGAUAAAUGCAAGAAAUGUAUUGAAGUGAGUCUGAAGAGUCAUUAUUUGCCGACAAGGAUUGCGACCAUUCAUGGACUCAAAUAUAUUCUUGAAUUCCGUGGCAUUGGAUCUAAUGGAAGGGAAGCAGCCUUUUUGCCGAUCGCUUCCGAUUAUUUAAUCAAACAUUUAUCCGAUAAUAAUUUGCCGAGUAGUCAUAACUCAGAACACGUGCAGCACAUGUGGAAACUGGCGUUUCAUUUGAUUGAAUUCUUUCUCGAAGAUCUGUCUGAUAGUGAAUUUGGGCAAAAAAUAUUUCAACUUUCGUUGAAAGUAUUAACUGAUAAGAACUCAAAAGUAUAUCCGAUUGUUGUCAACGGUUUAGAGAAUCUGAUUCUUAGCGAAAAGUUUGCGAUCAAAGAAUCAAAUUUAAUCGUAAAGUCAGCUUUGGAUCGAUUUAAGUCAUCUAAUUGUCAAUUGGAUGCUCUGUUGGCUUUUCAGCUUAUAUUGUCGGCCACUUAUUUUGUCGGUUCAGUUGGACUCGAUUUGGAGAAGAAUAUGGACGACAGCGAAGAGUUCUUAUUAGCGAUGGAGAAGUUGGCCGUCAUUUUCGAGAGACUCAAGACCUGUCUCUCAUACGAAGCGCAACAGAUAUGCAAUGUUUUGCCCCACUUUUUAUGCGAAUUUUUCCCGACUCAAGACAUACUAAACAAAUGCAUCGGAGAAUUCCUGUCCGGACAGCAAACACAUGCCAAGCAUUUAGCGAAUAUUCUAUAUGUGGUGUUUAAUAAACUGCAAACAGAAUCGCGUUUAGAUAUAGUGCACGAUUGGGUCAUUCUAUCGCUUUCCAGUUUUACACAAUUGAGUCCCAUAUGUGCGGCCAUUUGGUCGCUCACCAGUUUCCUCAUCAGCGCUUCAGUCAAUCCAUGGAUCCGUUGCGCGUUUGCAUACAAUCAAACCCGUUUCGGACUCCUAGAAGAUGAUGACCGCCAGUUGUUUUUCAUUGUCUGCUAUAACUUCUACAAUGAGUUGAAAAGUGAGCCAAACAGAGAGGCAUUCCGUACAACAUUUCAAAGUGUUGGAGAACCCGAUUCUCCAUAUUCUCAGUGCUGUGGAGACCAGACCUCACGAGUGGAUCAGUUGAUGGAAUUAAUGGAAUUGGAAAACAUUGUCGCAAACACUGUAUAUCUUAAGGCCAGAGAA